AUGGCAGCCGCUAACGAAAGCGAGCAGCAGGCUGCUGCUGGUGCCGGUGAGCCAACACCACCCGGCCCUGCAACUGCCCGCCCGCCGGCGGCCACGCUUGAUGCGCAGCUGUUGAUGGCUGCUCGCCGCGGCGACAGCAAACAGCUCAAGGAUCUGCUGCCGCUGAUCAAGGACGACGACGAGCAGCAAAGCUCGUCCGUGGCGGCGGGAGCACAAGACGUGGAGUACCUCGACUGCGCCAAAAUACUGGUCCGCAACAAGAAGCGCAAGGGCGGUGCAGAUGCAGCGCGCCUAGCCCUGGAAGCGCGCAACCGCAAGGGCGACACGCCCCUGCACUGCGCCGCCGGUGCUGGGAACGCCAGCAUGAUCUCUUGCCUCGUUGAUCUCAUCGCCAACGACACCACCGACGACGAGGCGGGGGCACCGGUGAAGAAGGCGUUCCUGAGGAUGCAGAACGAGUGUGGAGAGACCGCGUUGCACCAGGCCAUCCGCGCCGCUGCCGACAACAAGCUUAAGGUGGCCUGCAUCGACCAGCUGAUGGACGUGGAUUCGGAGCUGGCCUGCAUCCCAUUCCCACAUCAGGAGGAAGAUGCUGGUGCUUCCCCGUUGUACUUGGCUAUCUCACUGGGUGAAGUCGAGAUUGCGCGGCACCUGUAUAGCAAGACUAAAGGCGGCAAGCUGUCCUAUUCCGGACCACAUGGCCGUAACGUCUUGCAUGCAGCGGUUCAUCGUGGCCAAGCGCUGCCUAUGAUUUUGGAAUGGCUCAUCAAGGACAUGAAGCCUAAAGAAGACAGUAGUACUGUGUCUCUUGUGUCGCGACUGACUAGCGAAAGGGACAAGAAGCAGAAGGGAAGCACCCCUCUUCACUUGGCCGCGUCCUUGUCCGGGUGGCCAGGCGCGGGGUUUCUUUGCACACGGUUUCCCCAAGUUUGGCCGACGGCGGAAUCAGUGGCUACACUGCUACUGGAUGCUAACAUAUCCAUGGCAUAUCAGGCGGACGACGAAGGAUCCUACCCCAUACACGUCGCUGCAUGGUCUAACAGCAUCGUUAUCGUGAUCCUGCUGGGGAGGUGUCCGGACUGCGCCACCCUGCGAGAUGGCAAAGGACGGACGUUCCUCCAUGUCGCCGCCGAGGAGGGAUGCCACGAUGUGGUUCGAUAUGUCUGUGGAAAAAUGCCACAGCGAUUUUCAUCGAUGAUUCUGAAUGCGCAGGACAACAACGGGGACACUGCGCUGCACGGCGCUGUCCGUUAUGGGAACCUUGCCGUCUUCAACUGUUUACUUCGGAAUCCACGGAAUCCAAGAAGUGUUGUACGGCUUUCAUUGCUCUUUGCAGGAGCUCCUCAUGGUGGAGGCCGGCCGGAGCUCUUCUGUGAACAACACAUCACCAAAGGAGACGAGGACAAAGAGUCACAGAAACAUACAGAUGCAACGCAAGUGAUGAGCAUUGUCGCCGUACUUAUUGCGACCGUCACAUUUGCAUCAGCUUUCACGUUGCCUGGUGGUUAUCGAUCCGUCGGGGACUCAUCUAGCAAUAAUCACGCUGGGACGCCGGUGCUUGCUGGGAGCUAUGUUUUCGACGCCUUUAUCCUUGCCGACACCUUGGCAUUCGUCUGCUCCACCUUGGCUACCUUUAGCCUUGUCUAUGCCGGGGUGCCGGCCAUGGCCAUCUCCAUCCGCAACUACUACUUCAACAUUUCGGCCGUGUUGCUGCAGAGUGCAGGAAGGAGUUUCGUGGCCGCUUUCGCCUUGGCCUUGUACCCGGUGCUGGCUCCAGUUGAUCAUACAAUUGCAGUGACUGUCUGCGUCAUCAUUUUGCAUCUUUGCUCUGGGGAAACGUGGAAGCUUGGCGGAUCACCUGUGGGGCAAACACGGUCCGUGCUCGAAUUGGGAUACGGCGAUUUCCAGUACGGGCUUACGUACGACAAAUAUUGUUUGAUGUCUUGGUACACUUUUGGUCGUACAUAA